GUUAAAUUGUAUGUAUUAAAGUGCAUCAAAAAGUGCCAAAAAAUAAACUAAUGCCAUUGGAAAAGUAUUAAUAAUAUUUUAGCAUCUAGCCUAGUGAAUCAAACAUAGCUCGUAGGGUUUAAACAGAAACUAUUGAUUAUGAUGAAACUGAACAAGAUCUCCAGACCUUUUAAGACAUCUCCAAUUUCAAGCUUCGCAAUAAACUUAUAACUUUUAAUAAACCUGCAAAGAAACCUAUAGUGAAAGAUUUUAGUGCCCAAUUUCAAUUAUGUUUAAAGAAUGAGAACUCAAUCAAACCAAUAUCUGGAACUGUUAAAAAAUGUUAGAAACCUUAAGGUAUAGAGAAGAUCAAUACAAAAUCUUUGUUAAUCCCAGCGAAGACAACCAGACAAGAUUAUUCUACUUAUACUUACUAAAAUCUUAAAACCAUUGGUAGUGGAUCAUUUGGUACAGUCUAUAAGGUAAAUAACAAAUAAAGAUUCAUAGUCAAAAGUGAAUGAAACAGGUGAAAUAGUUGCUAUUAAGAAGGUAUUGCAGGACAAACGAUACAAAAACCGAGAGUUAUAAAUACUUCAAGAGUUGAAUCAUCAUAAUGUAGUGAAAUUAAAGCAUGCUUACUUUACUCCUUCUGAUAACAAAGACGAGAUGUACUUGAAUGUUGUAAUGGACUAUUAUCCAGAAUCCUUAUACACUUACAAUAAAUCCUUUAGAUAAGCAUAGGCUAGAAUGCCUGAAAUAUUGGUGAAAAUUUAUUCAUAUUAACUGCUAAGAUCAAUAUAGUAAGAGAAUCAUAAAAUAAUUAGUUACAUAUCAUUGUUGUCAAUAUGUCAUAGAGAUAUAAAGCCUCAUAACAUAUUAGUUAAUCCAAACCAUCAUAAACUUCAGCUCUGCGAUUUUGGGAGUGCCAAAAAACUAGUAAAAACAGAACCAAAUAUAUCAUAUAUUUGCUCAAGGUGUUACAGGGCUCCUGAAUUAAUAUUUGGAGCCGUUAAUUACGACAAUCAGAUAGACGUUUGGUCAGUUGGAUGUGUUAUAGCUGAAUUAUUUAAUGGAGAGCCUUUGUUUUUGGGUGACAGUGCUGUAGACUAGUUGAUUGAGAUCAUCAAAGUACUUGGAACUCCAAAUAAGGUUCAGGUAUUAAGUAUGAAUGCUGAUUACGAUAUGAAAUAAUACAAAUUUCCACAAAUAAAGGCAAGAGAUUGGAAGAAAGUAAGCUAUUUCAUUCAUCUCCUAGGUUAUAAAAACAAAUGAUUCAUUGGCUACUGACUUAGUUUCUAAAUUGCUAGUGUAUUGUCCCAAAACUAGAUUCACUCCAAUUCAAGCAUUGUGCCAUCCUUAUUUCGAUUAGUUGCGAGAUCUCCAUCAGAUGAAACAGCUUUAAGAAAUCUACAACUUCAACAUUUAAGAAUUAUUCGAUUUUAGCAAUUGUAUUUUUUAUUUCUAUUAAUCAAUUUUAGUGGAAACUAAUAGAAUGACAAAUGACGAAAUGAAAAAGAUUAUUCCAGAUUGGAUUAGCUGCAGUUCUACUAAAAUUGUUAAGACCAUCGGUUGAUAAGUG